GUCUUCCAUCUCUUAAACAGCCAUGAUGUAGAGUCCAUUAGUUUUGCUGAAUAAGUUGGGAUAAUCUUUUCCUUCCUUGUGAAAUAAUUUUUUAUGCUAUUUUAGGCAAACUCAAUCACGUAAGACAUUUAAUGCUGUGUUAUUUGCUGUGCAUUUGGUAUGUGUGUUAAUCAUUCAUGUUUACAACCGCAAGAUAAUCUCUGGGAGGAACAGGAGUCAAAGGUCUCAUCGACAUCAGUAAAGGAAGGAGUACUACGUGAACGUCGUUGACAUGGGGAGGAUCCCACAAAGCAUACUGCUUUUGUGCCUCAUUAGUUUAUGUAAAGCGAAUCGCAGUCCUGAAAUCUUGGCAUUGGUUUAUGCUACAUGUGAAGACACCCCAACAGGUGCCCUUGCAUUCACCAUAGAAGCAUCAGAUCCAGAAAAUGACCCUCUAACUUUUUCAAUCAGUGGGGUCGAUGUCAGAUACUUCAGGGUAGAAGAACAUACUGGCCGAGUAUUUGUCGAGAGGCCACUGAACGAUGGGAGUGUUACAAUGGCCCUCACCGUAACUGUCUCUGAUGGUGCAAAUCCAACAACAAAAGACAUUGUUAUUAUAUUAAACAACGCCAAUGACAACAGACCCCUGUUUGAUGAGCUUUCAUACGAUAAAGAUGUCCCAGAAAAUACCCCUGUGAAUGAGAAUCUGUUUAAGGUUCGCGCUACUGAUGCAGACGGUGGUUCUAUUACAUACAGCAUUGAUGAAGUCAACCCAAGUGAUGGAUUUAGUCUCUUUACUAUUAUAAGCAACACCGGUCAAGUCAAACUGGCUGGACGUCUAAAUUACACAUCACUGGGCACGUUGUAUCGACUGAAGAUCAACGCAAGUGAUGAUGGAGGCCGCUGUUAUUUUGAUGAGAUUGUGUACCGCUCAAGUACAGUUUAUUCCUUUAUUACGGUUGUGGAUGUCCCAGACCUCGACCCACAGUUCAUUGGAAUUCCAUACUUUGCAACAAUUCCAGAAAAUUCUAAUCUGGAUGAGUUUGUGUUAAAAGUAGCAGCCGUAGACCGUGACACAGGAGUGAACGAUCGUAUCAUCUACAGCAUUGAAGAUUCCCAAGUCUCUGGCCUCUUCAAAAUUGGAGAAGACGGUGUAAUAUCUGUAAAUGCACCAAUCGACAGAGAGACAGUUGGCGACACUGUGACCCUGACUGUAAAGGCCACUGAGUCUCAACCAAAUAUCCAUGAGGUCUUUGCCAGCACUACUACAGAAGUACAGAUCACCAUCAUUGAUGACAAUGACAACAAGCCAUUGUUCUACAAGUGUGGAGGGUCCUGUGAGGAGGCCAGCCAGUUCACAGGAGAAGUGUUUGAGCACUCAUUAGCAAUUGUUCCCAUCAACAUGACAGUCAGAGAUUUAGAUAAAAAUGCCAAAAUUGAGCUUUCUCUGGAUGGUCCAGACAAGGACCUGUUCUUUGUGGAACCUCAGUUAAUCAUAUCAGAGGGCAGUGUUCAGCUCCAGGUCAAGCAGCCGGAAAAUGUGGAUUUUGAAAAAAAACAUGAAGCUAAUCUACAGGUGGUUGCUGUGGAUCAGGAAAAAACCACCUUUCGCUCCACUGCUGAAGUUACUAUCAAGAUCAUCGAUACCAAUGACCACAGCCCUCAGUUCCCACAGAGCACAUACAAGCUGAACGUAUCUGAGCAUUCCCCUGAAGGGACAGUGUUGGCCAUCAUUACAGCAGAGGACCCUGAUACAAUGGAUCAAGGCAAUAUCACCUACAGACUUCUUCCAGAAAGCAUACUACCAUAUUUUGAUGUGGAGCCACAUACUGGAGAAGUUUAUGUGAAAGAUGAAUCUCCCCUGGACCGUGAGCUCAGAUCUCUGUUCAUAGUAACCCUUCAAGCUGUAGACUCCGAUGGCAAACCGGGCACUACAGUCCUGGAGAUCACUGUGACCGACAUUAAUGACCAGCGUCCAGUCCCAAACAGAGACUCAUACCUGGUAUUUGUGAAGGAGGGAGAAAACUUCGAAGAGCAGAUACAGGCUACUGAUGCCGAUGAGCCUAACACACCGAACAGCCAGAUAGUAUACAGCAUAAUACCCAGUGAGUACAGUAAUAACUUCACCAUUGACCCUAACACCGGUGUGUUGAGAAACAAAGGUGAACUGGACCGUGAAGCCCUGGACCCACAGCUGGACGGCAUCAUUGAGCUGACAGUAAAGAUCUCUGAUAAAGGCACCCCUCCUCUGUCUGACCUGGUCAACGUUACCAUCAAUUUGGAGGAUAUAAAUGACAACGGUCCAGAAUUUGAGGCCCCUUCUUACAGUUUCUCUGUCAAAGAAGGGGAAAAAGGUGGAUUUGUGGGUUCUGUUUUUGCUGUGGAUAAGGACCAAACAUCAGGCUUUAACCGCAUAUCCUUCAGUAUCGUUAAUGGAGGCUUUGGUAGUUUCAUCAUUCGCACCUAUCAAGCAGAAAACUUACAGAACGGUUACAUGGGCAACAUCACAGUGGACCCGGAUAUUGAGCUGGACUAUGAGAGCUCCAACAAGCAAUUCACACUUAAGGUAGAGGCUGCAGACCUGGGGCAGAAAAAAGCUGAACUGACGGUGGAUGUGAAGGUACUGGAUGUGAACGACGAGAGGCCUGAGUUCAUACCAUCUGAGGUUGUUAGUGUGGAGGAGAACAUGAGUGAUCCAGACUAUGUGGUCGGAACAUUCACAGCAAAGGAUAAAGAUGGAAACCACUCACUCGUCUUUGAGCUGGAAUCCAUGAAAUGCAGAUGCAACGGAACUGUAACGUCCUGCAACUCGUUUAUCUUGGAGCCAACAGGGGAAGUGAAAAUCAACCCAGCGAACCCGGUGGAUUAUGAAGAAUGUGAUGAGGUUCGGGUGGAGGCUCAGGUGGUGGACGAGUACACAGAGAAAGGAGCGAACAACAGCCUCCAAACAGACGAGAUGUUAAUCAAAAUAAUAGAUGUCAAUGACAACUACCCACAGUUUAUUACUUCAGAUGUUGACUCGAAUGUAUUUGUCGUGGUGUCAGAAAGUGCAGUUAAGGGGACGUCAGUUGCCAGUGUUACUGCUACAGACCGGGAUUCUGGAACAUAUGGCCAGAUCAAAUUCGAAGUAAAACACGUUACAUUUGAACACACCAAUAGGCUUAUAAAGGAGACGGACCUGCUGUUCAGUGCUGUAACCACACAAGACAAGAACAUUUAUUCCGGACUUAUUCAGUGUACUUCAAAGCUUGACGCAACACUGAAAGGGAAGUAUUUAGUAACAGUAGCUGCAAUAGAUGAUGAUGGCAAAGGCCUCUCCGACAGUACUGUACUGGAGAUCUUCACCGUUGAUGAGUCAUUCAGAAUUGAACUUAGAUUUAAAUCUCCCUUGGAAGAAGUAGAAAAAAACGAAGAUAAUAUCAAGAGAGAUCUUAUGGCUGCGACCAAAGCGACAGUUCACAUUGUUGCACUUACUACUGAAAAAGAGGAAGCCAGGGCCCCAGGCGACACAAUCAUGGAGACAUAUUUUGUUAACCGCAAUGGGACAGCUCUUACAUCUAAUCAAGUAGAAGACAUGCUCUCGGAGCCUGAAUAUUUUCUUAAACUGGCAGAAUAUGGCCUCUCAUACAUAGGGACUGUUGAUGUGGAAGAACCAAAGGUAAACGUUCUGCAGUUCGUCAUGGUGGGCAUGAUAGGGGGGCUCAUCAUUGUUCUGACUGUCCUUACAACAUCACUGGUGUGCACACGCAGAAACUACAGGAGAAAACUAAAGGCCGCCAAAGCCAUGAACACUGCUUCCAUGGUGACUUCUGACAACCAGAAAAGUGGUCCUGUAUUACCCGGAACCAACAAGUACACCAUGGAGGGGGCUAACCCUGUACUCAACCUCAACAUUGAUGCAGCCAUGAUCCUGGACAUAGAUGCACAGAGCUCAGAUGCUGACAAAGUCAGCCUCAGUUCCCUGGACUACAGCGAUGACAUGAUAAUGUCUGAGAAGGACACAAAUCCUAUCAUGCAGAGGAUCCAGGAGGAGGAGGAGGACGAGAGGCUACCAGAGUACAGUGAGCCCCUGGGUGCAGCACUGGCCCAUCACGGCCAAAAGAAAGGCUCCAGAAAUCACAAUGAGGAGUUCACUAACCCUGCAUUCAGCACCACAGACCUCUGAGGGAAAUAAAGAAAAGAAGGCAGAUGUAGAGCAAAGCCACAGAUGUACAUAUGUUGCUUCUCUGUAACCAAAUUGUUGAUAAAACAUUUUGAUGACCAAAUUUUUCUGAUAUCAGAUGCAGACUUUGUGUUGUUUUUACUUUACUGUGUUAUUAAGUAAGUGGAAUAGCUUUUGCGCAAGUAUUGCGUAAGCCCUGAUGGAUUGGUUUUAUUUAAAUAUUUGAUUCAAGUAAAAACAAAAGAACCAAAAAGAGUGAGAAAGUAUUCCCUGAUGACACCGUAAUGAUACCAGAUAUUUAUUUAGUUGCCUUAUGAGCUCUUGUCUUUACAUGACCAUCAAAUAAACAACAAAAACUGCAAAAUCUGUGGAAAAGCAAGACAUUUUUAUUGCACAUGUGAAUGAUUUUAUUUCUGUUAAUAUAUUAAUGCAGCAGUUUUGAGAAUUUGUUGUAGCUGAUGCUACUCAAAAAACUGAAAUGCAAAAAAAGAAGUCAGAAUGUCAAUGUAUAAACCUAUAAUUUAAUGGCUGCAUGUCAGCCAAAACCUUAUGCAUAUUUCAUUUGUCAGUGUUAGUUUUGUGCUUUGAAAUACUUCAUGCAGUGUGACUUUGUGAGAAGCAACAAAUUGUAAUGGUUAUUCUCCAUACACUGAUGUUAAAUGAAUGUAUCACAAGUGCAAUUAAGUAAAUAAAAUUAAUGUCUCUGAAGUGCUCCUU